AUGCAACAGUGGGCCCGCUGUGCAGGAUUCUUCUUCCUCCUCAUUCUCUCAUUUGCGAGUAGUUCCGUUGAAGCUGGAUGCUCCUGCACCUCUAAAGCAUGCUCCUGUUCUGGAAACGAUGUCAGCGAUCUUAAUGGACUUCUGACUGAAGAUGUUUGUACUAAAGAUGUCAUUUUUACCAAACUGGUCCUUCAAGAAGUUCCUAACCUCACCAACCUUCCACAAGGAUUUUCUUCCCUAAGAGAGAGUAGGUGUAAUGGUCUACAGCAUCUGGAAGUCCUAGAACUACACCAAACUGGGAUCCAGAACCUUUCAUCUAACCUAUUCCAAGGUCUUCCCACCCUUAAAUUACUUGACUUAUCCAAUAACUCAUAUCUCAAGUCCUACCGUGAUGGAUCCUUCCAAAAUAUUGGGAACACAUUGGUUGAACUUGUCGCUACUGAUAAUUUGGUGCACUCUCUGACGAAAGGCGUCUUUGCAGGCUUGCAGAAACUUCAGCGUUUAAUCCUUGGACGAAAUAAGAUAGGUUAUAUCGAAGAGGGCGUCUUUUCGUCUGGUUGUUGUGAACAUCUCAAGGAACUCUCCCUCGAAGGUAAUAUUCUUACCGUUCUGGAAGAUACAACUUUUGUUGGCUUGAGUAAUCUUCAAAAGUUGGACCUUCGUGGGAAUCCGCUUCAGCGACUAUCAUCUCGCCUUUUUAGUCCUUUUGCGAGUAGUUUGAUUCACCUUUUGAUGAGUCACGAUGAUUCUGCUACUUUUGGUGGAUUCAACACUUUUCCGAACGCAUUAUUCGCAAAGAUGUCCAGAUUGGAGGAGCUUUCAAUGAUAGAAUUGAAGAUCACUAACCUGACAGCAGAAUCAUUCACCGGUUUGACGAAUCUCAAGAAGCUGUCUCUUCGUGGUAAUCGUCUAACAGUUCUUCCAAAGGGCUGCUUCACCUCUUUACCACAGUUGGAGGAGCUUGAUUUAUCAGCGAAUGGAAUGGUUUGCAUUCCAGACAACUCAGAAGAACGCUACCCCAAAUUGCGUUCCUUGAAUCUUUCUCAGAAUGGUCUGACUCACCUUACCCGACGUUCUUUUUCAAUGCUUGCUUCCUCCCAACCGACUCCAGAAUUUCCCAGACUGCUUGUCAACAUUUCCUCUAAUCCAAUCAAACGCAUUGAACCAGAUGCGUUCUGUAGUUUUAAUGGACCAGUGAAACUCAUCAUAGCACCAAAAGGAGCCAAAAUUCCUUCUUGGGCUGUUACUGAUGGAUGGCCAGAUAAUCCAUUUGCUUUGGUUGGAAAUGGUAGCAUAAUUCAGGGACUGAAUCAUUCUGGCGUUGUUGAAGGUCGUCCAGAUGCAGCAGCUCUCUGCGGCCCUGAGGGUCAUCUCUUCCGUGCUAAGAUUUUAGCGUCAAGUCUUUAUAAGGGUUCAAAGUAUACUGACAAGGACAUUGAAACCUCUCUGAACUCUGAGUGCCCUUGGCUUGUGCCCGACGAGUUGUCUUCAUGGCAAUUAUCAAAACUGGGAGUUCCUGGGCUUUCUAGAGUUCCGGGUGGGAGUGAUGGGUCUUAUGCCCUAGAGGAGGGUUCUAGGAUCUACCUCCUCAUAAUCGUGGCGGUCUGCAUUACCUUCCUUCUAGCGGCACUCACAGUCAUUAUGUGCUACCGUGCAUGGUCCAGACGUGCUACGCAAAAGACGGCGGGUGACGCAGAAGCUAACGUUGGAAAUGGUGGAGGUUCUAGGAGCAUGGAACCCCUGACAACGAUAGGUGAGGUCUCAGAGAAGCAGGAUCUGCUGGAAAGAAUACGAAAUGGAAAAGUGGCGACGACAUCAGAUGUAGAGGGUCGUGAAGGAAGUUCGGAACGGUGUACUUCCAGAAGUGGUCGUCGAAAUUCUGAGCCAAAAGGCGAGGAAAUGGAGGCAAUGACAGCGUUUGGAGUUCUUUAG